CUUGCAUCUGAAAGUAUAAUAUUUUUUUACAAAUUCAGAUUUUUAUUUUAAAAUGUCUUCAAAACCUACACGUUCGUUGACAACCAUCUACGUUACCCGCCACGGCUUUCGUUCAAAUUGGAUUGUCGACCCUGCAACAGGUACAUAUACCGCCAAUAUCCCCACUCCUACCGGUAUACCUAGCGAUCCCGCGCUCGCAGGAUAUGGCGAAGCGCAAGCCGCAGAACUUGGUCUCCAUCUAAGUACCCUUUCUCCACCCAUCGAGCGAAUCUACUCCUCUCCCUUCUACCGCUGCAUUCAAACGAUAUCUCCUCUCAUUCCCCAUCUCUCUUCCCGCACAAGUGACCCAGCGUCUCUUAAAAUUCGCGGUGAGAACGGCUUGGGUGAAUGGUACGGUACUGCCCGAUUCGAUCAUCCUAGUCCUGCUACGCCGGAAUUAUUACAUUCUUUAUUCCCUACAUUUGAUAAAGAAUAUGUGCCGAAAAUUCGACCAAGUGUUAAUGGAGAGAGUAUAGAGACUUUGCAUGAUAGGACGGCAUAUGCGUUACAUAGAGUUAUAGAAGAUGCGGACAGAGAGGGUGUUAAGGCUAUAGUCAUAUGCACACAUGCGGCGACUUUAAUAGCGAUUGGCAGAUGUUUGACGGGGAGAAUGCCAGAGGAUGUUGGUGAGGAGGAUUUCAGACCGUUUACUUGUGGACUGAGCGUCUUUGAGAGAAAGGAGAGUGGAGAUGAGGUGGAAAAGGAUGUGGAUAUGUGGAAAGGUCCAGAAGAAGAGAUUCCUGAAGUGGGAUGGAGAAAUGGUAAUGGUGUUGGAGGUGGAUGGGAAAUCAAGAAGAAUGGUGAUUGUAGCUUCUUAAGUGGAGGAGAAGAACGAGGAUGGCGUUUCUCUGGAGAUGAAUCGUUCUCUACAACUCCAGCUCUGCCAGCCCUAGAUGCUGGAUCUGCGCUUGGUGUUGUUAUUGAAGGAAAUAAACCAGGAAAUACUUCUGAGCCAUCUAGAUUGUAAUGAUUGAUGCGCUGUAGGGCGAAUUAUUUUGGAUGGUCACAACUUUAGAUGCAAUCCUGGAUAUGUUUUAGACCUGUCUUUGGAUAUGGAGAACGAUACCCGAACAACGUGGUGGAUAGAUUGGUAUAUAGGAAGACUAUAGAUAGCAUGAUAUCCUAGACGCCAGAAAU